AUGCCCGAUAUGCAUGCUAUAUUCAACUCUGGCUCACCACCUAAACUCGACCUCUCCAAUGCACCCUCUCAGAUGUUCCAGGUGCCAGCCACCACGGCUUCCUCGUCGCUCUAUUCUCUGUCGCUUAGUCGCAAGCGCCCACGCCGGAAUACCGAGAAGCUUUCAUCGCAUUUCGAGACUGAAUACAAUAGUAGUUCACCAAUGAUUCAUUCCAACUAUCGCUCAGUAGGCGGAGGAAAUGACUUCCACGCCUCCGCCGAGCUGGAUUACCGUCCGAACCGCUACCGCGAAUCAUUCCUCCCACCUUCCUUUGAUUCCGGCGACGAGUUCAUAAACCCAGCCGCUUUGAAUGGAACCAGUCGCAAGCGCAGCCGCCGCGACUCUUGCAUCGCAACUCCAAGCCCCGAUAGCCCCAACACCACGACAGCGCCUACAGGCUGGGGCCGGACCGUCAUCAAAGCCGUGAGCAAAGUCCUCGAUCUAUGCUGGACAGGAGCGUUCCGGGGAUUCUAUGCAGGAGGAGGACAGGGCUAUGACAUGCCACCAGCAACAGCAACAGCGACAGCCACAACCGUCGAAUCCAGCUGGCAGCCCUCAGCCAACCCAUCGGCUGAAAAACAAAUGUACAGCACAAACGCAUUCUGCUCGACGCCCGUUCCGGGACAUUUUGCAGAUGAAGAAAUCGACCGCAGCUGGGUCUUUGUGUCCGAGAGCUCCGAUCCCUUUGUGGGCAGCAGCGCGUUUGCCAGCCCAUCGCUUCGCACACGGCGCGCUUUCCAGGCCUCGACUCCUCGCCGAAGACCCGCCGUGAUGCCCCGACUAAAACGAGUCUCUUGCUCCUCGGGACCUCAAUCGCCAACUAAGAGCCAGGGCUUGCCAUCUCCUCGGUCAAGGGAUGUUCCUGGAUCUGCGGAGAUACAGCGACAGGCUGCCAAGAUCCGUCGCAAGGAGCGGGAAGAAGAUGCCAGUAUCCAGCGCUUGAAUAAGCAGUUGCAGGCGAUGAUCCGUGAAGGUAAGGAGGCCUUAGGCACAACGGUAGUAGUGGAUGAUUUGGACAUGUAUGACUCUGAGUAG